AAUACUAACUCAAACUGGGAGGGAUAUUGCUUCACAAAAUCACUGGAGAUCUUCUUCCCAUACUUUGACAGUCUUUCUCACUUUUUUAUUCCUCCGUUUCAACAAUCCUACACACUCUUUUUCAGAGAGUAGGUGUGAGGUAGAGACGAUGCUCAGAAGUUCCUCUGAAAGCCAGAAGAUAGUAAAUCGCGUGGCACGCAGUUGGGCUAGUAGAAAACCAAAUGAGAGUAUGAAACUUAUAGUAACAACAUUUGUUGGAGUGGUUUUUGGCUUCUUAAUAGGGUUGAAUCUCCCAUCCUCCCUUCUUCAUAGCUUGGAUUUUUGGAAUUUUGAGGAACACAGGUCAGGCCUUUCAACCCAAGCAGGUUUGAAUCCAUUGGAUUUGAAGAAGAAUGAUACAAAUUCAGCUGGUAAUAGAAAUUUGAAUGAUAAGUCAAAGAUUUGGGUCCCCACAAAUCCUCAAGGUGCCGAAAGACUACCUCCAAAAAUUGUUGAAGCUGAGUCAGAUUUUUACUUGCACAGAUUGUGGGGUAAUCCUAAUGAGGAUUUGACGAGCAGACCAAAGUAUCUUGUCACCUUCACGGUUGGUUUUGACCAGAAAAAAAAUAUUGAUGCAGCAGUUAAAAAGUUCUCAGAUAACUUUACAAUUGUUCUAUUUCAUUAUGAUGGACGAACUACUGGAUGGGAUGAGUUUGAAUGGUCAAAGAGGGCUAUUCAUGUGAGUGCUCGGAAGCAGGCUAAAUGGUGGUAUGCAAAGCGCUUUUUACAUCCUGACAUUGUGGCUGCAUAUGACUACAUAUUUAUCUGGGAUGAAGACCUGGGUGUUGAGCAUUUCAAUGCAGAAGAAUACCUAAAGCUAGUUAGGAAGAAUGGUUUGGAGAUUUCACAGCCCAGUGUGGAUCCUCAUAACUCGCCUUGGCAGAUGACAAAGAGAAGAUGCGAAAGUGAAGUUCACAAAGUGGUAGAAGAGAAAGAAGGCUACUGCUCUGAUCCACUUAAACCCCCCUGUGCAGGAUUUGUUGAGAUCAUGGCUCCAGUAUUUUCUAGAGAUGCUUGGCGGUGUGUUUGGUAUUUGAUUCAGAAUGACCUAGUCCACGGGUGGGGUCUUGAUUUUGCCAUCCAUAAGUGUGUUGAGCCUGCCCAUAAGAAGAUGGGGGUUGUAGAUUCUCAGUGGAUUGUUCAUCAAAAAGUUCCAUCACUUGGGAACCAGGGAGAAACACAAAACGGGACGGCAGGAUGGCGAGCGGUAAGGGAGAGAUGCAGACAAGAAUGGAAAAUACUCCGAAAUCGGAUGGAAGAGGCUGAAAAAACUUAUUUUGAGGCUCUGGGAAUUAGUCCUAACAAUUCUACAGCUCAUUAGGAAACAUACAUCCCUUCUCAUCUCAUCAAUCCAUGUACAUGCUGGCUGUAUACAACCCAAUCCUCAUAUAGUGUUUAGGGUUUUAUCCAGUAUAAUUCCAAUAUUAUUGUUAGCAUGUACCAUUAUUUAAUUUAAUAAUCAUCAGUUUCAUGUGUUAAGAAAUGA